ACCUGACCCUAACUAACAACCCACUGCUAUAUCACGUCCCUAAGCACCGCAUCCAAACAUAAAAUGCUAUUUUAGACUCCAGUUGCUCUGAAGCCAAGCGAGUAGCUUUCUCUAUGGCUCAGUAUUCGUGGGGAUGGGUGAGAAUUGUGGAAGAGUGAGGUGAUGGGGUCCACAGAGCAACCAGCACACCUGUGCCGGGCUUCCUGCUGGGUGCACCGUGUGCCCCGCACGGCCGCGUUGGGCAGGUGGGAAAAACAUGGGGUCGGUGUCAGUGGGGCUGUGUGGCACGUUGUGCUGCUCCUUCUGCGAGGAGGAGGAGCCCCUUCUCGGGUGUGGAAGGGGCACCUGCUGGGCUGUACAGUGUGCUGUUUCAGUAAUAAAGCAAUUAUGCGAGGUAACUGAGGUUAAAGUGCUGCAGCUGUUACGAACGCUGGGCCUGUCAGCCGUUUCACGUCCUUUGUACGUUACGUCUGUCUUUGUGUGAUUCCCGCAGCGUGCUUUCAACACUUUUAUGUGAUUUUAGAAUUUGUUUCUAAAAGCGGGAAGGUGUAGGAGCGCGUCUUUUGAGCGGUUAACCGUUCGUCGCACGGCAGGAACCGGGCCAUGAGUUCAUAGGAACUACCGCACAGGCGACAUGCGGAGCCGCUCACCCACGGAGCACCGCCCCGCCCGCCUGCCUCCAGACGCCCUUCCCGCCUCCAGACGCCCUUCCCGCCUCCAGACGCCCUUCCCGCCGCUUCCCACGCGCGGCCCGUGGCCGUUGCGCAGGCGCGGGGCGCAUGCGCGGCAGCGCGUCCCGAAUCGGGACGGUGCGGCCAUGGCGCUGCGGUUGCUGAGGGCCGCGGCGAGGUCAUCGCUGCCCUGCAGCUCGCUAAGGAGCUAUAAAUCGGAGGGAAGACCUGAGCCUGCUAAGCAGACCCUUAAGAAACCAAAGUUACCAGUAGGCCGAUUUGAUGAACCGGAGGAGUCCAGCGUAGAGAGGGAACCUCUGGAAAAAUUCCCUGAUGGAAUCAAUCCUGCUACAAAAGAGAGAGGUGGACCGAAGGGCCCUGAACCUACACGUUUUGGAGACUGGGAGAGGAAGGGACGUUGUAUAGACUUCUGAUGUAUAAAUGAAUCCGUAUUGCUGCUGAUAUAUUUCUAGUUGUUGAGGAGUAUGUAUAGAAUAAUCUGAGCUAGAUUUGUUGUGAAUGUUCUUGCUUCUUUCAUUCUUGUGAUAAAUUUUCUGGGAUGCUUUAUGUAAAUAAACAUGAUACUGCAACUGA